CCAAUAACUAUAAAACUUAAGGCGCUCGUUAGAGGGAUUACAGAACUUUUUAAGAGAUUCAGACUUGACCAUUGGAUUACUUCAUUCGUAAGGUUUGCUCUGUGAGGUUGAUAUUUUUUUUUCUGUCUCUUUGAAUACCGUUCACUGAAGAAAUGGCUCCAACUAACGCUAAGUCUUUGAUGAAGGACUUUCGUGCCAGUUUCAGGCGAAAGAAGGUUGCGAACCCAACGCCCAAAAUAGAUGCCAAACAACUGGUUGAAGAAGAAGAACAAGCCAAGUUGGCCGAGCUGAAAGAAAACUUGGCAGGGAAUAUACCAGCUCGCUAUGAUGAUUCAGAUCUUAUGGCUUUUCUACGAGCUCGAUCUCUUAAUGUAAAGGAAGCCGAAAAGUUGAUGAAAGUGGAUUACAACUUGAGAAGAUUUUUGCGAAUAGAAGAAUUCAUGAAAAAUGAGAAGCAACCGCAAAUACUUCUUAACAAUAAAUACAGCGUUUCUGGUAUUAUUGGUUUUGACAAAGAGGGAACUUUGGUUCGAGUGAUAAACAUAGGUUACAGUGAUGCUAAAGGAUUUCUGAAUGUCCUCUCUACAAUGGAUCACUUUAAAUUGUUUUUAUGGUACAUAGAAAGAGAUCUUUUAUUACAAAAAAUGGAAAAUAUGAAGACCGGAAACAAGAAGAAACAACUUGCUUAUAUUUUAAAUAUGGAACAUCUCAGUAUGAGCAAACUCAUGGACAAAACAAUUGUAGAAGCAGGACUUAUGGCAUUGAAGCUCCUACAAGAUCACUACCAUGAUGUUGUAAAAGUUGUAUAUGUUGUUAAUGCGCCGUCUUACUUCUCUUCUGCUUUUAAGCUGUUCAAGCCAGUCAUUAAAGAAACUCUCCAUCAAAGUAUUAAAGUUUUAGACAGCAAUUGGAAAGAAGAGUUGGUUAAGCAUAUCGACGUCGACGUUUUACCUGUUUACCUAGGAGGAAACCGUGUAGACUGCACAGGAGACCCGGAAUGCGGAGAAUUUAUUGGUUUCGGGGGCACAAUCGACGACGACUAUUAUCCCGCCGAUUUCUUGGACCCAGCUGAUCCUGAAGUCAUUUCCGCUAACGUGCCGGCUGGUUCAUCGCUCUUCUAUAGAUAUAACAUCCCUUCUGUUGGAACACGUGUCAGGUGGCACAUACAGUCCAAAGACAAUGAUAUCGGCAUUAGCUUAUAUUUAGACACCGAAGGCAGUGAAGUAGCCCACACAGAGGGAAAGCAAAAGAAAAAGAGGGACGAAGACGUGUCAAAAAUGGAACCCAUAACGCCACCAAUUCGUCUGCAAUGCCAUUUAUGCCCAGAAAUAGGAGAAACUAUUUCCUGGUUCAGUGGAUCUGUCGUUCUCCAAUUGGACAAUACCUACAGUUGGAUGAGUGCCAAGGAGAUACUGAUGAAGGUCGUCAUCGAACAACCAGGGGAAGGAGAAAUGAAUAACAAGAAGGUAUCAGAACUUACGACGAAAACUCAACAACAACCUACAAAGAAAUAAAUGUAAUUAGCAUGUAUUUAUCAUUACCCUAGGAAUUUUGGUACAAAAAUACCGGGUAGCCAUCAGGCCCGAGGUAGUGGUGUAUAACAUCAAUUUUAGUUCAAAAGAUUGAGUUCGUCGUGCAGUUUUUAGAGUCAAGUGGUUCAUUCGAAUUUCAUCGUUGAAAAAGAUUUACAGUGAUUGGUGGGAUUGAAUUCGAAAGAAGAUAUGGUGAACAAUGGCAUGUUUCAUUUUGAGUAGAUAAUGCAUUUGUUUUUAAAGAAGUGGAUGCUUAUAAGUUAUAGCUUAUAUUAAGUGUAUUAUAGUUAGAUAAAAAUAUUGCUGCAUUUUUAUUCUUUGUCAAUAAAUUGUGGUUUUUGUACA